AUGCACUGGGUUGCUGGGAUUGCCUCGUCCCGGUCGUUCGUGGUCGAUCUCGACCGGAAUCAGAGUUUGCCCUUCGGACUUUAUGGCUCUGACCAUCGCCACUCAUUCCAUGGGUACAUAGUAGCCUCCCCUCUGCAUGAUUUCGGCGGGAACAUGUCAGGAUUGGUGUCCGACUCUUGGUGGAGAAAGACUCUGUAUAUGACUGGAGGAGCCCUGCUUGCUGCCGCAGCCUAUCUGUUCUACGAGCUGCUCUCGGUCAGGAAAGAGCUGGAGCUAGACUCUAAAGAUGCCAUCAUCCUUCACCAGUUUGCCAGGCCCAAGAAUGGUAUGCCAAGCCUGUCUCCAUUCUGCCUGAAGAUGGAGACGUAUCUGAGGAUGUUGGACCUGCCCUAUCAGAAUUACUUUGAUGGGAGCCUCUCACCUCAGGGCAAGAUGCCGUGGAUCGAGUACAACCACGACCGAGUGUCUGGGACGGAGUUCAUCAUGGAUUUCCUGGAGGAGAAGCUGGGCAUGAACCUCAACAAGAGCCUGAGCAGGCAAGAGCAGGCCGUGGCCCGGGCCAUCACCAGAAUGGUGGAGGAGCACUUAUACUGGAUGAUCGCGUACUGUCAAUGGGUGGACAAUGUGGAGGAGACUCAGAAGAUGCUGGAGGCGCCUGGUCCCCUGGGGGAGGUGCUCAGGUGGACUCUCUGCCAGCUGAACGGAGGUCUGGUGAAGAAGGAGAUGUACUGCCAUGGCGUUGGCCGCUUCUCCCGAGACGAGGUGUACAUGCUGAUGGAGCGGGACCUGCGCACACUGGCCUCGCUGCUUGGGGAUAAGAAAUACAUUAUGGGCUCCAGAGCGUCCAAUGUGGAUGCUACAGUGUUCGGACAUCUUGCCCAGGCUAUGUGGACACUACCUGGCACAAGACCCCAACAGCUCAUCAAAGGUGAGCUGAUCAACCUGGCCAUGUACUGCGAGCGUAUCCGCAGGAAGUUUUGGCCUGAGUGGUUGGUGAACUUGGACGAUUUGUAUUUGGAAGGAGAGAAUGACAGUAGCUGUGACACACCCAGCCAUCUGCAGGAGUGUGGCCUGUUCUCCCGCACGGACACCCUGGACGAGAGCUCAGGCAGCUGCCUCACGCACACUCACACACUCUCGCCAGACGACCGCUCUGGAUGUUCACUCUCUGACUCUGACAUCGAGCUGGAUGGGUCAGAUGAUGAGCACCAGGCCAAAGCUUAGGCUAGGGGACAUUUAUGCUGGGUAGAUCUGUCUGGAACCAUUUGCCAGAUCUGACAGUAGCAUUUGGACUGUCCGCACCGCAUUAUGGGAUAUGAGGUUGACACCAUGAGUCCUAACAUGCUCUGCACUGAUGCUCUUAUUCAGCAUCAUUUUAAAAAGUGAGUGUGUGUGUGUGUGUGUGUGUGUGUGUGUGUGUGUGCAUAUGUGUGUAUGUGUAAAUGGGUAUGUAAACAUGAGGGUUUUUAUGAAAGCUUCAAUGUUUCAAAGUAGUGGAUCUGUGUUCCACUGAAUUCCCAGUGAAUGGUCCUGUUCUCUUGUACUUUUCUUUUCAGUGAGUUUAUCUUAGUUUAGCUAGUACACAUAUAUUUAUUCCACACAUCAAUCAAGCAAUGAGCGUAACCAAGUAGCAGCUGUAGAGAUGCUGAAGAGAAAGCAAUGAAAUGGUGAAGAGAAACAGGUGUAAUGUUAUUAACUCACUCAGUUUUAAUUAUUACGCGCGCACACACACACACACACAGAAUGAGAGAGCUACAUUCAGAUAUUUCAGGCCAGUGUCCACUGGGUUUAUUACAUCAUAAAAUGGUAUUGCUUACUUUUAAACACAAGAGGGCACUGUGACCAUUCUCAAGAUGUCAUGUGGAAUUUUGCAUUUCACAUCAAUGCUGCUGUUGGCUUUAACUAAACCCCUUCAGCUAACACAGCUGCAGAUUCAGCGGCAGGUCUCUUGAUGCCUGAGACACAUACAUUAUCCACAUGCAAUGUAUCAGUGUGUGUUAGCGAAUCUGCCUGUACAAGGUUUAACAAGCCGUGUGUGGGCUUGCAUACAGGCCUGUGUGUGUGUGUGUGUGUGUGUGUGUGUGUGUGUGUGUGUGUGUGUGUGUGUGUGUGUGUGUGUG